CCUCCCUUAAUCGCCGCAGUAGAACACUAAACUUUUGGCCGAAGCAGAAAUGUCCUUGCAGUUUGCUUUAUGCAAACAACAUUUUUUCUCAACAGUAUUUCGAGGAUCUUCUAUAAAUUAGUCGUACAUCCUUUGUAGUACCAGCGCCAGGCCUCCCCGUUUGUAUGGUAACGUGGAAUGUCAAAAUUUGGACGUCUUAUUACUUAAAUAUUGACAUGGAUAAGACCGUUUGCAGCAAUCGCCACAACUCCAUCAAGACAGAUCUCAGUUUGCUGCUCGAGUGUCUCAAGUUUCAGAUGAAAUGUCCCGAUUUACAGAAACAAGCUCUUCUUACCAUUCACUCAGUCUGCGAAAGAAGAGAGGAUAAUGUGGACCUACUAAGAGAAAUGGGAGGUGUGGCAUUUGUGUAUAACCUCUCCAAAUCCAGCAUUGUUCAUCCAGAUGUUAAGGAGACUGCACUCUUUACACUUGGCACACUGGCAGAGGCUAAUGUGUAUUGCAAGAAUUCUCUGUGCAAAAAGGAGACAUUUGCAUACCUUGCUGGUUGGCUCAGGCAAGAGGACAUGCCGCUGACGCAGAAGAGAGUCUCUGUCUAUUUACUGUUUGUGCUGGUAGCCAACAACAAAUCAGGACAGACAUUAGCCCAGACCAGUGGCUGCCUGGACAUUCUACUGAAUCUCUUCAGGGCCACUUUUCCCAUCUCCAAAGAGAAUAAUUUAAGAGCAUCUAAUGCAAACCAAACUUACCAGCUUUGGGCAUCUGUGUCUAGUGCUCUUUGUGGAUGUGUCAACAAUCCUCAGAAUGAGGAGGGUCAGCGUAUUUGUGUGGUGGCCUUUCCCAUGAUAAAAAUCUGGCUUCAGCAGCUUGCUUUUAACCAGACUGAAAUUUUUCAGCCAGUAUGCACGUUUAUAGCAAUGACAGUGGCCAACAAUUCCUGUGUCCAGGAGAGUUUUUCUGCCUCAGGGUGUUUGGAAGCUCUCACUCUUACUCUGGUUCGUCUAACUUCUGCUGCAGAGGGGAGCUUCUUGUCUUGCCAGCUUUCUGUCAUUAUAUCCAAGACUCUGUCAGCUUGCAUCACUGAUAACUCUGCUCUAGCAUCAGGUCUGACUCAGUAUGGCAUGGUGUCCCGCCUUUUCUCUUUGCUGGGUAGUCAGUACCUGGGCCCAGAAGACAGGCUCCCUGUUUUACUGUGCCUUGGUUGCUGCACGGAGGCCUCUGAGGAGCACCAGUCCCAGCUGGUGCAGUGUGGAGGGCUGCCCAUCAUCAUAACUUUACUCACGGAGGAUUCGAGUGAGGAGGUUAGGAAGGCUGCUGCAUUCAUAUUGCAGACUUGCAAAAAGGCCACCAUGUACUUAAGAGUGAGUGAUCUGAUAGCAAGAGAGGUUGAAAAUGUGGAACCCCUUAAAAACAUGGAAGGGUUCAGGAGUUCAGCCAGAGAAAUUCUGCACAGGAUUAACCUGCUAGAGAAGAGAAAGGAGGUUGAGGACGAACAGGAAGACACAAAUCCAUCAAAUUCAAAUGAGGAGCAAGACAAACAAGCUCUGCCAGCUUUAAAGCUACUGCUGCACAGAGAGGAGGCUGCUAAAAUUCUCCCCACACACAAGUGUGUUCAAGCAUUUGGUGAGAACAGCCUUACAGGUAAAAUCAUCAGAAACAUAACUGAGACUGAGAAUAAUGGUGAAAAGAAGGAACCGACCUCCAGGAAAAAUUUUCACAAAGAGAAUACCAAAACCAGCGGAGGUGGUGUGCUGUGUUCAUUGUGCGAGGGUACGGGAGCCCUCAGGUCUACUCAUGUACCGCCACUAGAGGGAACUAGCAAGCAACAUGAAGCAAACAGUCAGCUAUUUAAGCCCCCAGUUCCAAUGAAUCGCACAAAACCAAGAGACAAUAAAUGUAUUGAAGAGUUAGAGAGCAGUGAAAUGAAGAAGUCGAUCAAAAUCCCAGCUGAGGAACAUUCGGUCUCUUACAGUCGGUGUGCAGCUUGUGUGUUACCUUUUGAGGAAGUGACCAGUCGAACGUUUGAGUCUCUCCAAAGCUCUUGCCAGCAAAGCUGUGACAUGCACAAGGUUCUGCGAGAGGCCACAGAGCGCUUCAGAAUGCGCCGCUGCAGCCUUGUGUUUGGGAAGGAGCACCAGGAAGCCACUGAGGCUGAGAGAUAUUCAGCAGCAGAGUCACAAAGAAGCUGCAAAAAUUGGACUGGCCUUCCUGAAGGUGAAGGAACAGGAAGUGGUAAGAACAAUCUGCCAGAACACAAAUGGAAGAAGUACAAUGGCUUUACUUUGACUCCGCUGCAAAGAACAGCUAAAAGGACGACAUUCACCUCUCGUAACAGGACUGAUACAGAGAUGGGAAGAAGGAAUGGUGGACACGAUGAUCAGCUGAAGAUUGGCAUAGAUCACUUUCCCACUAGAAGAAAGAGAAGGGACUUCAGUCGGGAGGAGGUGCGUUACCUACUGUCUGGAGUAAAAAAAUAUGGCUUCUCCUGGAACUUAAUCUUGUGGUCAUAUCCUUUUCAGCCUGGACGCACCAAUGUCAACUUGGCCAAGAAAUACAGGCAGCUAAUGAAACAUAAAGCCCAGGGUACCUGCUGUGUACAUUCUUGAUCCUUGUGCAGCCUAUUAAAGCCCUCUGUAGAUCAUCUGACUGGAUUUAUCAACAAGGCCUUCAUUCACACUUUUUUUUUUUUUUUAAUUAAAUGAUCUACAGCAGUAUAUAAUCCUUAUAGUUUAUACUCUGUGUAUAUUUAGUGCUUUGUGGUUGCACGGAAAUAUUUUCUCAAACCUGUUUAACAAUUUCACUGUCAGUGUCUUUUUUCAAAUAACUAUUUGAAAUGAAAAUUUAUCUGCAGAUGCUAUUUGAUUAUUUGUUCAUGCUUUAUGUUCAUCUGGGAGGUUCUUUGAGGAUGAAUUGUGCCAUAUUGAAAUAGAAAUAUUGAAAUAACUGUCUCUCAGAACAAUUGGCCAUAGGACAGUAUGUUCCGGUAGUGAACGUAAGCAAAGUUUUCAACAUGUUUAUAAAUUCUGUGUCAGUUGUUUUUAGUUCAGGUCAGAUUUACUGUAUGCCAGU